AUGGAUAAAAUACGCGCAGAAGAAAUUGACAAAAUUAUUUCAGCGGAAAUUCCAGAUCCGAAUGUUGAUCCAGAAUUGUUUAACAUUGUUACUACAAAUAUGAUCCAUGGUCCAUGUGGCACUCAAAACAUGAUGUCGCCAUGUAUGGAUAAUGGAAAAUGUACAAAACGUUUUCCAAAACCAUGUGAAACUGAUACUAUCACCAAUAUGGACGGUUAUCCAUCUUAUCGACGUAAAGACGUAGACAAUCGUGGUCAAUCAUAUGAAUUGCGUCUGUCAAAUGGCGUGAGAGUAGAUAUUGAUAAUCGCUGGGUAGUUCCAUAUUCGCUAUUGCUGUGCAAAACCUACAAAGCGCACAUAAACGUUGAACUAUGCAGUUCGGUGAAGUCUAUCAAAUACAUUUGUAAGUAUGUUCACAAGGGUAGUGAUAAAGCUAUAUUUGCUGUUCAAAAUGUAAACGACAAUGACGAAAUAACACGUUAUCAAAUGGGUCGAUACAUAAGUAGCAACGAAGCUAUUUGGCGCAUUCUUACGUUCCCUAUACUUAUACAUGAAAGGGAUCCUGUUGUUAUACAUUUGGCUGUGCAUCUUGAAAACGGACAGCGUGUUUACUUUACAGAAGAAACUGCACUACAACAGGCUUUGACUUCUCCAAAAACAACCUUUGUAGUCGACAAGAUGCUGUUGGUCAAUUCGAAAGGACGUUGA